UAAAGACGAUGGCAGCGGAGCUGUUCGUCGUGUCGUCGUCGUGCUCGUCAUCUCACGGAGCGCGUCCGGCAAAAUGAAGUGGAAAGACGCCGCGGGUCUCGCGAACGUCCAGAAAAAUCCGAAAAACGGCAUCGUACGGCCGGCACGCGACGAACAAUAGACCCGUACCGAGUGUGUGUGCGAGAGAAAUUACGGUGCGGUAGUCCUCGCUGGUGGACGAUAUUUCCUCGGGGAUCGCGAGGACGGACAGGGAACGACGACGAGAACGAAGAAGAGAGAAAGGAGCGAGAGAGGGAGGAAGAGAGAGAGAGAGAGAAAGAGGAUAAUCCGCGCUCCAGAGUUCACACCGUAAGAUAGGCACCGGCAAGAUGGUCGUCGGGGAGCCGAAUAUACACAACAUAAUGGGGGGGAUGGAGAGCACGGGUGGUGUGCGUCUUCAUAAUCACAAGCGGAAGCUAAAACAAAGAUUUGACAUCAUAAAGAAGCUGGGACAAGGCACUUACGGCAAAGUUCAAUUAGGAAUAAACAAGGAGACUGGCCAGGAAGUGGCGAUAAAGACGAUCAAGAAAUGCAAAAUCGACACGGAGGCCGAUCUGAUAAGGAUACGAAGGGAAAUACAAAUUAUGUCGAGUGUCCAACAUCCGAACAUCAUUCACAUUUACGAAGUUUUCGAAAACAGAGAAAAGAUGGUGCUGGUGAUGGAAUACGCAGCGGGCGGUGAGUUGUACGACUACUUGAGCGAACGCAAGGUUCUGAGCGAGCAGGAGGCCCGCAGAAUAUUCCGGCAGAUAGCCACCGCUGUUUUCUAUUGCCACAAACAUAAGAUCUGCCACAGAGACCUGAAGCUCGAGAAUAUCUUACUGGACCAAGUGGGAAACGCCAAGAUAGCCGAUUUUGGUCUCUCGAACGUGUUCGAUGAGCAACGAUUGUUGAGCACGUUCUGCGGCAGUCCAUUGUACGCCAGUCCGGAAAUAGUGAAAGGGACUCCUUAUCAUGGACCGGAAGUGGAUUGCUGGAGUUUAGGCGUCUUGCUCUACACAUUGGUUUACGGUGCUAUGCCCUUCGACGGGUCUAACUUCAAGCGACUAGUCAAACAGAUCUCACAAUCCGAUUAUUUCGAGCCGAAAAAACCAUCCCCCGCCUCGCCGCUCAUAAAAGAAAUGCUCACCGUGUGCCCCGGCAGACGCGCCGAUAUCGAAAGGAUCUGCACCCAUUGGUGGGUGAACGAGGGCUACGAGCAGAAUUGCCUCGACAUCGCCGAGGAUUUGGCAGCUCAGACACCCGUGCGGCUGGACCUGUUGCUGUCCUUGGUGCCACAGUCGGCCAGCGCUGAGAAACUACUCGUGGGCGAUCAACAGGCGGCCGGAGACGUCGCGAACAAUAUGUCCUCCGAGACCCUGGUGCCUACGAGGUGUCACUCGGUCGGUAGCUUGAUGGAGCUUGAUCAGAACAGCUCCGACAGAAGGAUAAGGGAGCUAUUUGACGAAGAGCCGAGAUCUUCCGCGGCCGGGGACGCUAAGAGGAAACUGGAGACGACGCCAUCGAUGGACGAGACUGCCGCGGCGGGCGUGAAGAGGAAAGAGAGGUCUAGGAGGAAGGAGAGGUCGGAUGAGAGAGAGCCCAGAGCAUACAGAUCCUCGUCGAGGCACCAUUCAGCACCGAUCCCGAAUUCUAUAUCGGAGGAGGCGAUGGAGGUGGAGCCCGCAGCAGGCGUGGUAACUGUUCCUAUGAGCAAGACCGUCGAUUUGGACAAAAUCGAAGGUGCGGCGGCUUGCUUGGAGCUGAUCGAAGAAUCAAAAGAGAGAUCGCUGAGCAAGGAGAGGAGCCAGACGCCGUUGGUGAACGAACACGAGGAGUCGCGCGAGCCGAUAUCGUCGUCCGCCGAAGGCGCUCGGCCGAUCUACGAGACUAAUCAAAAGGUCAGCAACGUGGAAGACAAGUUUCCACAAAAGUACACCAAGUCUCCCAGCAAGAGUCUCUGUGAAGACGUAAGCGGUAACGCUUCAGAGAGCUCGCGUAAUAAUAACAAUAAUAACAGUAGUAAUAAUAAUAAUAAAACAGCAGACAAGGCAACGUUGCCCAGCAAGAAGUCAGAGUCUGCUUUCGAUGCUUUCGAAUCAAAAGUGCCAAAUGAGAGUGACGCUAGUAGCACGAGGAACGAGGCGGUGUACUUACCGCGUGAUGCGCAGCAGCAGCACUCGGAGCCGACGGAGGGAGAUUUCAAGAAACUCAAAGAAAAGGCACUUUCCUUAGACUCCGAGCUGUCGAACGAGGCGGCGAGCGCGCCCGCCAAGCCCGUCGAGAGACGGCGCUCCAAGAUAUUCGAGACCGCGGAGAAGUUCAAUCAGCUGGCGUCCACCGCAGACAGCGAGAAACCCAAGAAGAUAUUUAUUCCCGGUGUCAACGUAGGGGGCGCGAAGCGAGCCUUUGAGCGGAAAGCCAGCCUCUCGUCCAUAACCGCUCCGCCGACCGCGAAAGCGAGCGCGUCCAAAGUUAUCAUCGAUGUACCAACGGAAAGCAAGAAGAGCGAGAAGGACGAGAAGCAACAGCAGCAGGUAACGAGCGAGCAGGCGACGGCAACCGACGACAAGUCGGAUAACAAGCGAGACGAGGCGAAGAAACGCGCCGUCGACAUCAUCACCGGCGCGAUCGGCAAGCCCCCGAUGCAGAGGAAGCCGAUGAACGGCUCGCCGCCGAUCUCCCCCCAGAGCCCGGACCCGAAGAAACUCGGGCUGAAGAUACAGGUCGCGCCGAACGACGUGAGAUCGGCCACCGUGUCGGUCUCCACGCCGGUCGAGACGAAGUUCGCGUUCGAGCCUAAGUCUUCAGCAGCACCCGAGGCAUCUAUAACUAGCACGUUCGACACGGCAGCUAGCGACAGGUCGCAAUUGGAGGAGCCUAAGAUGUCCAGUAAAAUGGAGAUAACGUUGAAGAGCGCGACUUUACCCAGACGAAAGACGAGCAAGGCCGAGAUCACGUUGUCCGGAACCAAGCCGCCUGAAACGGUGGCGUUUAAAUCCGAGGUGGAGGCUAAGAUCGAUGCUUUUCAGCCGCAGAAGCUGCGCACACAAAGAUCGGAGGUGGCAUUCCCGGUCGCCGCAGCGGUGCCUCAUGUCAAUAGGAGCUCGAGCUUGGAACCGGAGGGCCGACCUAAGGCUGCACCGCCAAAAGAGAGAAUCAUCCCUAUCCAGGUGGAGACCGGACCCGAGCACCCUCUUCAGCACUCGUCUACCCCGCCGCCUAAGCCGCCGAUGUCCCAACGAUCAAUGUCUCAACGAUCGAGUUCUCUAUCUCGCCAAUCGACAGCUGAUUCGGACACCGACAGCGCUCUCGGCUCCACUGUGGGCCCGGAACCUAUCAGGAAGAGCCCGCGGGAGUACAUAAUUCCCAUCGCCGUAGAAGGUGGUGGUUACGUGACACCCAGAUCGGGUAGCCUGGAGCCGGAGAGCAAGACCAGCACACCGACAAGCACGAACCCACCGAGGUCAAGAUUUGGUAGACCGAGGCGAAUGAGCUCUCUUCUAUCAGACGCUAGCGAGGACGAAUCACCAUUCUCUUCGUUACACAGCGAGGACUUGCUGCAAAGGCACAUGCACCGGUUGAGGAGCUCGCGACCGUCGAGACAGCCGUCCGAGCACGCCGACAGCUUGUCGUCAGGCGAGGACGACGACGACGACGGUUUCGAGUUGCUGACCGCUGAGAAUCUGUUUUCGACCUUACUGUCCAGAGUGCGAAGUCUCACGCAGCGACUCAAUGUCGAUGAUAAUCGACCGGGCGGUUUCCCGAGCAGCAGACUGUUCGGCCGGCUCGGCGCCCAACCGUCCCAGGCAUUCUGGGGCCUCAAUAAGCCGUUGUCCAGGCGGCUCUCCGAAUCGCAAUUUAAGCAUUCUCUGAGCCGUGAUGCGGAUAUAUUCUCGAAGAGGGAGCACACCGCCAGCACGUCGAACCCUGGAACGCCGAGCAGCCCCGGAUCGCGCGGCACUCCCUCCAGGGAAAGUGUCUUCGAGAUCGGGAGCAAUACGUUGCCGAGAGAUAAAGUAGAAACACACGAAGACGUAGAAGCGGAGAAGACGGCGCAAAUCAGGAAAGAGACGCAGGAGUCGCUGGAGCAGAGCUUCACCCCGAGCUUGGCGCGCCGACUGAGCAGGCAGCUGAUCGAGCAGACCCGGCAGUCGUUGCCGCGCGACAAGUACUACCAGUCGCCGACGCGGGAGACCCUGAUGGCUUCCGCCUGCGGCGAGCUGGCGAAGCGUCACUCCGCGACGUCCGACCAGACCGAGUACCGGGGCCGGUCGCUCGAUCGCGGCAUCAGACGCACCAACAGCCUGCUGGAGCCGGCCAGGCAGUUGGAGCGGCACUCGCCGCGACGGAGCAUCAGCCUGUUGGACGACCACGAGGAGCACGGGCUGCUGCCGCGGCACAUCAUGACGCUCGGUCGCAAGUACAAGGAGUCGGCGGCCAAGUCGAACGGCGCUCGGCGCGACACCUUCUACAGGACGACGGACAAGAUCCAGGAGGAGCCGGCGAUCGACGACGCGGCGUGCCGCGACGAGGAGCAAGCCGACGCCGACGGUAACGUGGAGAACGGCUCCGCGUCGGAGUCCGUCUCCGUGUGCAACUCGAACGCGAACCUCAUGGACACCACCACGACGUCCAGCGUGUCGGCCAAGUCCUGCGAGACCUCGCCGACGGAGUCGUCGUCGAACCUGGGCGACUACGGCAAGUCCUUCUCCAAGCCCGACGGGUCUUCGCGCAGCUUCGAGACCCGGCUGCUGGCCGCGGAGAACCUCAUCAAAGAGUCCAAGCUGAAGAAUUUCACGCCGCACAGGUUCAACCCGAACCUUGUCUCCAGCUACAAGGACACGGACAAGUGCGACAAGGAGGCGCUCAUCACCAGCGCCGCGGAGCAGCCGGGCAAUUCCGUCGCGUCCAAGAGACGCAGCUGCAUCCCGAGCCUGCGGCUGCGUUCCGGCUCGUUGACGAGAGAGUCGAGCCUCAGCUCGGACCGCAGGAAGUCCUUCGCAGGCUCGCCGGACGCCGGCGCGAGUCAAGAGCGAUCGAUACUCAGCAAGUUCUUCCGAGCCGCCGGCGGCGGCAAUAACAAAGACGAGCCGAAGGACAGUAAGGACGGCAAAGGUCCGAAGCCGAAGCAGCACCGGAUCUCGCGCUUCCUGCGGCCGGACUUCUUCGACACGCCGCGAGAGGAGAGCCAGUACGUGAAGGAGAAGGAGGCGCAGAAGGCGGCGGAGAACGAGCGGCGCAAGUCGCGGUUCAUGAGGCGCAAGAGCGAGAGCAAGGAGGAGAGGAGCUGCAAGGAGCGCAAGGACGAGAUGAACGCGCUGCAGAAGGACAAGCUGGAGGCAGCCGCGUCGUCGUCGGAGGACAAGGAGCGCGCGAAGAUCGAGCGGCAAGGCUCCAAGAGCAGCUUCCUCCACCUGCUGGAGAGAAAGCUGGAGCGACUGCGUUCGAGCGACGAGCCGACGACGAAGCAGCCGACGAUGAACGGCGCCGUCCCGACCGGGGAACGGAAAGAGCGCGGACUCCGCGAGAAUUCCGCACCGCCCGUCGAGUGCCCGUCGCUGAGCAUGCCGAUGUCCGACUCGCUGAAGCGAGCGUUGAGCGUGGAGGAUCUGUCGUUGGGCAAGGGCAAGGUGAAGGGCGCGUCGAAGACGGCUGGACGGGUGACGUCGGUGUUGGGUAUCUUCAAGAGCGCGGACGCCAAGCAGAACGGCGGCGGCCGUGCGCAGAGCACGAUCGUCAACAAGCUGAAGAGGAGUCCGCCUAAAUGCGCGAAGGUCGAGUCGGAGGAGGAUGCGGCGAGCAAGAUACCGACCAAGUUCGCGACCGGUAAAGCUACCAAGAGCAAGGUGCCGGAGAGCAAGAGGUCGCCCGAGAAGAUCGUGAGCGAGUACAAGCGAUCGCCGCCGAAGGAGAAGCCGAAGGAGCUGAUCUCUAAGGAGAAGAAGCCCCCGAUGGAGAAGCAACCGAGGGAGACGAAGAAGACGCCGGAGAAGGUCGCGCAGUCCGACUCGUCGUCGUCCUCGUUCGUGGAGAAGAAGCCGGCAGCUCCGCUGCCGAGGAAAUUGUCCGGUGAGGCGGAGUCCCCGCAGAGGGACAACAAGCACGCGGAGCCGAUCGUGAGCGGCGAGGACAAGAAGCUGAUGAAGACCAAGAAGAACAUCAGCUCGUUGAGCAAGAACGAGUCCGCCACGAAGGUCGACAAAAUCGACGACCCGGACAAGAAGACGAAGAAGCUGGCGAAGCCGAAGGAAGCUGCAGACAAAGAGGAGCUCAACGGCACCAAGAAGAAGAAGAUAGUGCGCGUCGUGAGGAAGGUCGUGAAGAAGACAUCCGACAGCUCCGAGAGCAAGUCCGACGAGAAGGAGAGGAUGUCGAGGCCGCCGUUGCUGAAGAAGAGAAUCGCGACGACGAAGAAGGAGAAGAGUCCCGAAGGCUCUGCGCAGAGCUCGAUCAGAGGGAGUAACAUCGACGACCAGCUUUCGCCCGUGAAAUCUCUCCCGAGGCAGACGGAGCCCGCGAACGUUCCUCCUCCGUCGCGAGAGGCUCCAUCCGCGAGACCAGGUUACUCCGAAUAUUCCGCACAGAAUACGACGUUGAAGAACGAUACCAUGACGAGCAACACUUCACCGAGUAAGUCCAACGCGAAGGCGACAGCGGUCGACACGCCGCAGACGAACUCCGUUCUCCAGAACGCGCAGAGUCCGUCGACCCAGAACUCCUCCGUGGCUCGGAACGCCCCGAACCCCAGCGUCGGCCAGAUCAAGGCCCCGGAACAGCUCCGGCCGAGCAGGGCGGGCCUGAAGCUCGACUUGUCCAAGAUACCGCAACACACGUUCCGGCACACGACCCCGAAGAGAGACUCGCCCAAGUCCGAGUCGCCCCGGGCGAAUUCCGUCGCGUGCCACGUCGGCUCGCCCAAGACAGACGUCCCCGAGAGCGGCGCCGACAAGCUGAUGGAGUGCCUCUCGAAGAUGACGCAUCACGCUAACAUCACUGGCAACAAGAUCGUCAUCGACAAGCCGCUGCGCGCGAAGGACGUGGCCGAGCUGAAGCGAGAGGUCACCGAGUGCGCCAGGGUCAUAGAGAACCACAUAGAGUCGCGGAACGAGCGCGCCAGUCCGCGAACCAUCGUCGAGGACGUCGACUCGGGUAAGCCGGCGGACGUCGAGAAGAAGCCGCGAGAUACCCCGACGGCUGCUCCCGGGGAGAUCGGUGAGACGGACGUCGUCAAGGUGGCGAAGGAGUCGACGGAGGACAGCAUCAGCGAGAUGUUCUCGCCCGAGGAGCCCGAGAGCUUCGACUCCUGGUCGAUCUGCUCGGCCGACCUGAAUCACAAUCGCGGCGACCUGAACUCGCCGCUCUUGCACUCGCCGACGUCGCCCUCGUACUCCCUGCUCGCGCGUGGCGACAGCUCGGAGUCCAUUAUUGACCGGAUACGAAGGCGUAGCUUCUACUCGAGGUUCAACGACCGCAAGAGACCGUCCUUGACCGCCCCGCCGCCCGGGAUAAGCAGCGUGACUCUACCCAGGAGGUCCAGCUUCAACAGCUCCAGGGAGUGGGCGCGCAACAGAUUGUACGGCUACGGAAUGCCGAGGACGAGGGCGGACAAGAGUUACGGUCUAUACGGUGACGAUGUGACCAGCAGGAGGUCGCCGGUCGAGCGAGAGAGAUACAGCGAAUCCUUGAACACGACGUCGUCGUCGUACGGUCAUCACAGUCCGGAGGCGCGGUCCGUCUUCGACCAUUACGGCAGCUUGCCGUCCUCCUCGCACGAUUCCCUGAGGAGAUACGUGAGGUCGCCGACGUUGGACCUCGCCACUGCUCGCGCCAAGUACCACAGCACGGACAUCAUCGCCGACAACGACAUCGUGGGCUCGUACAAGAGUUCCUUGUCAAGGUCCUCUCUCAACGAUACCUCUCUCGCGGACUCCUACUGCGGCAGGAGCGUCUCGGCGACCUUGCCGAGGAAAUACGGCUCCACCGUCGGCAGCCUGGCGCCGAAGAGCGUGGAGUAUUACGAGGAGAUCCUGUCGCCGAGCAACGCCGAUUACCUGUCGCCGCGCGACACUUGCAAGUCGCCACUGUUGGACGGUUACCUGAGCAGGUACGAGAACGGGUAUCACCAUAACGGCAACCUCGAUCUGCCGCACUACAAUGCGGACAAGCAGAGGUCCUACAUGGAUAAGAUGGCGGACGUGGAACUCGGUGAGGGAAACAGCAGAUUGCUCGGUGAGCAGAAAAGAAACAUAAAGCAACGUCUCAGCGAAGCGAGGGAUACGUCUUCGACGGCUGCGGAUAUCCUGUCGAAUUUGUCCGCCGAGCAGAAUCAGUAUCUUUCGGACGGAAAGUAACUUAAGGAUGUAAGGAUAAUACCGAACGCGUCUUACUACUGUAGCGAUUUUAUAAUACGGAUAUAUAUCGAUGAACCGCAUCCGAAUGUCUCGCGCUAUCUUUAUCAUGGCGGUGAUAAUAGUCAGCGACGGCAAUGAGAGAGAGAGAGAGAAGGGAAGAGGAUCGUUAAACGACUCUGAGACAUAUCUGUGGUCAGCUACGUUAUUCGUUGCGAUACAGAACCACACAUCUCUGAGACAUAUCGUUAUAUCGAGGUACGUCCCUGAAAAGUUUCAGCACUAUUGUUUUAGAUACACGUUUCCCAAUCCUUUCCGAACCGGUGAUUCUAGUCCGAAUAUCGUCUGUUACGUCUGUGUGAAUUGUUUCACCUAAAACGCAAAAUUGAACAGAAAACUCAGGACGAUCUUCCUUUCGCCGUCCCGGAUCGGGAAGGAUUAGGAUUCACAGAAGAAUCGAGAAAGUCAAUUUUUUAUCGAGAAAUUUACUUUGAAAUUUCUCAGCGUCUCGUCGGUAGCGGAAGACGAUCCGCGUCGAAGAUACGCGCGUCUUCUCCGUCUGUCUGAACUGUGAGAAUCUCUGGCUCCAAUAUUUAUAGAGAUAUAAAUAUAAAAGUCGGCAGCUAACUAUAGCAAAGAGAAUAACGUCGGGCGUUUCGCGUCUCGCUCGAUGCUGCAAGUCAGACACCCGUCGUUAAACCCACGAACCGCGUCGUUUUGAAUCUCGCGUUUGACGUCACUCUCACUUCGUCGGUCUAACUCGCGAUCGAAAGCGUGUCGACUGCUUUAAUGAGUUGAAAUCGUGUGCACUCGUAGCUGUUUUCGAUUUUCUUGAGGAGAGAAAAAAAAAGUUAUACCGGUUGGCUCGUCAGCCCGCACCUAUUGCCAUAAUUGUGUUCACGGUGUGUCGCGAAUGAAAAUGAUUUCUAGAUUUCUCGUAGAGCUCUGUAAGUAAAGCGAAUCUUCCAAAGCAAGCCCACGUCGUGAGCGAAUCGUCGACGGCGUGGUCGGCGAGCAACGACGAACCGUUCGAAGUAGCGUGACGCUUUAGAGACGCAAUGCCAGACUCAGUGCAGAGGAAAAAAAACAACGAGUGGCGCUUUAGUUCCUUAUACUACUACGAGUAUCGCCUUAUAUUUAUGAGAACAAUUUCUGGUUGGAUCGAUCGGAGAUCACGAAGGAGAAAGAGGGGAGGGGAGGGAGGUGAAACAACGAUGUUACCGGCCUGGGAAACCUCUGACUGAUCAGCCACGGUCUUCCGCUUGUUAUGUAUGUGUUUUCUAUUGAUAUACAUAUUUUAAAAUAAAUAUCAAUACUUCAAG